GCUGUUUAUCGAUAAUUUCAGUAAGCCCAUCACGUUUUCGUACGCAUGCACGCAUGCAUCGCGCAGCCGCGGCUCGAUCGACGGUACAUGGUACGACGACGGAUCGAUCGGACGUGUGUCGCUCAAGUGCCCCGCAGCUCUGGCAGAGCUCAAGUCUGUUUACUGGGCCUACCCGUCGAACAGGAGAACAACCUUGAGAAUGGCAUUUACCGCCAGCUCCAGCUAGAUACGGUACUCCGGGCAAAUCUAACACUACAGUCUACAGUUCUCAGUCUGUGGUGAGUCCCUUGCCUAGGCUGAGUAUACCAAGCUGAAUGCAAGAUAUACCACAGAGGGACACCAACUUCAGACUACAAAAUGCUGCGGCAUUUUCUUUCAAGAAAUUUCAAUUCUCUCCAUGGAAUUUUUGGUUCAUCGACAAAUGUCCAAGCAUGGAGAGGCCUUGGCCAUGUGUCUUCAACCAAGAACCCGAGCAGUCCACCAAGGAAGCAGGAAGCAGUAAAUGUGUCCUCACCAGCUGUCUGGACAGUCCCUGUUGCUGACCAGAAACAAGCACAGCAGCAAGAAGCUUGUCCUGAUACCGUUAGCGUUCUUCUUUCUAGACUCUCACUCUCACCAGAGGAAGCUACUGCAACAGUCCGCUACACAUUGCCCUCAAGGUCACCAGUGGCUCAGGUGGCCAUCUUAGAUCCGGUAGCAAGUGUCGCGAUACCUUGGGAUUGUCCAACCGCCGUCAAAGAGAACUCACUCGAUGUCCCAUGUCACCAGAGGAUCGAUGUCUUCAUCGACGAUCCUUCCUCUAAUGGCACAGUCACAAAGAGAGCCACAAACAUCUUGCAGAAGAGGCACCGGAAGAUGAAGCGCCACCAGUACAAGAAGUGGCGCAAGCGCAACCGCUUCAAGCUUCGCACGCAGAAGCAGCGGCGCCGCAAGAAACAGAAGGAAAGGUGGGAGCGCCACCUGAACAGGUUCCGGUUUGUGGAGCUGAAACCAUCAGAGGGUGAGCAGUAUCUGGCCAAGAAACAAGAAAAGCUGCAUCUGUAUUUGACGUAUCAUGGUGUCGAGUUUGAUGAUGGUAAAGCAGAUAUAAAGAUAGAUACUGACGAAAGUAAGAAGAAGAAAAAGAAGGGACCUUCUUGUAUUAUACCAUCUUCAUUGCAAAGCAGUAUAACACCUAAACCAAUUUUGCCUGAGGGUGUGCAGCUGUAAUCAUAUUUAGGUAUUUAUAUUGUCAGUUGUAUUGGCAUAAGACAGGACAUCAACUUCUCUGUAAUUGGUCUCUUUACAAAUAGCUUUCAUACAACUUAGCCUUACAAUAAAUCCACACAGGCCCCUCAGUCUGUCUGUCCUGUGGUCAGUCAGGCAUAGACCAGUUGUCAGAACCUGGGGCCCAUCUUACAAAGAGAUGCGAUUGAUAGGAUCAAUCGCAACUAUGGAAAGCCAGCAAAUUCAACAUAUAAAAUGCAUGUUUGUUCAAAAAGAUUUGUAGAUAUGAAUGUAUAUCCAUAAAUUCAUUGAUUUCUUGACAAUUUGGUGUGUUCUCCUUUGUAUACAUACAAAGGACAUUUUACAAAUUUCCUGUAUAAAAAUUUUGACACUGAUGGAUUUCCAUAGAGUUACGAUUGCUUGGAUCAAUCGUAACUCUUUGUAAGAUGGGGCCCAGAUCAUUGUUCAAAUUGUUACUAAUUUACUGAAACAUGUCCUUCCAUAUAUUUCACCAAAACAGCACUAUAGAUAAAGCAGCAACCCAAUUUCAACCUGGUACAAAGUACAUAGCAGAUUAGCAAUCAAUUGCAAAUUCGCAAUUGAUUUCAAAACUUAUAAUUGAUUUAGGGACUGAAAAUAGACUUGCAAUUGAUUGCGGGUUUCUUGCAUUGCCUGAGACUUAAGUUUCAAUUGGUAAAUCCCAUAAACAUGAUGGUCACUAUUCUAAUUGUUGUUUGCAUGACAUUUAUGCAUUUGCUGAAACUGUUAUGGAUGUUUGAAAUCAAUAUUUUGUGAUUUUACAUGAAAAUUUAUUUAGGUUUUCAGAUUGGUUUCCAUGCCAAAACAGAAAUGUGUAUUUGGGGGGGGGGGGGGGGUUCAUUUUGGUAUAAAAAAAUAUUUCAAGCAUGGACUGAGCUGAAAAUAUCUUUGUUUAUAGUGUUCUUUAAUAAAAUCACUAAAUAUGUAUAUGGUAAUGGAUUUUUUUUCUCACAUCUAUUGAAGCCAGGGGAGUCCGAGUAUUUCAUGGAUCUGCUUGUAAGCCAUUUUACUUACAACUGUUAUAAGCUACUGAAAUACUUGCACCUGAUUGGUGGAGCACCGAGCACAAAUGUUUUGGUGAAAUUCACUUGUGUUAGGCUUUGUGUAAUAGUGAGCCACACUCUCCUUAUUUUUUUUAAAUCAAAAUGGUAGUGCCUGUUUGCUUCCCUCUUGUGUCGGGAUAUUGGAUUAUCGAUUGUGCGUGGAAUUACUCUAAAUUGGCAGUAUAAAAUAGAAGAGGAUUCUUGGUUUUUACCUUGAUUCUAAAGCUUAGAUAAUGUGUUGUAACCUUGACUAUACAUGUACAUGUAGAUCAUCAUCACUGCAUGAUGAGUGGUAAUUGCAAUGCAUGGUAAAAAAAAUUAGGAGCCCAGAUGGUGUUACAUAAAGCUGUUUGUAAGUUAAGAGCGACUUUAAGAACGAUUGGUGAACCUUUCUUACGCGCGUCACCAUCGCCAAUGAAUAUACCAUUUACCACAAUAAAGGAUCACCAGUCGUUCUUAAAGUCGCUCUUAACUUACGAACAGCUUUAUGAAACGGCCCCCUGAUGGUGUUUCAUAAAGCUGUUGGUAAAGUUACGAACGACUUUACGCACGACUGGAACAUGUUCUUAGGUCAUAACUCAAUUACAUAGGGAUAUCACAUAGCACAAGAAAGGAUCACCAGUCGUGCGUAAAGUCAUUCGUAUCUUACAAACAGCUUCAUGAAACACCAACCCGGGGUACUUAAACUUUCAUGGUGACUGGAUUACAAUUCGCAGACACCAAAAGUUUUGAAAUACCUGUAACAUAUCUUGAUCUUUGAGGGUCAGUAAAUUGGGCUCUCCCACCUGAUACUCAGAGGCUUGCUUUGGGCAUUGUUGGGCCGGGGACAGGGAGGCUGUGAAUGUAACAGAUAAUGUAAAACUUUGGAUGUCGGUUGGUCUUAAAUCACAAUUCCUUCCUGGGUGAUUGAUGGCACUAGUUUCAUUCUGAUUCUUUCAAAUGAAAGUUGUAGGUUUGAAUGCCUUUAAUGUAUGUGACACACUCUCAAUGUACUAGUAUUUGGAAGAUAUGCAAAAUAAAAACGUCCUUCCAUCUUUUUGUCUCUGCUAAUACAUUGUAGUUGCCCAAUUCCGUUGUUACAUUAUGUAUGUGGGCGAUUCCAUGCCAGAAAAAUCAGCCAUUUUCAGAAAAUUUUUCAACCUGCUGUCCCAACGAAUGAAGAACUUCAAUUUGCUUUGUGGUAGUAUCAAAGUACUACUGGGUAGACAAAAAUAUAUUGUCCAUAUGUGAAUUAGAGCUUAAAAUGUUGCGUGUCGUACGGGACAUUUCUGCGUCCCGUAGGACACACAACAUUUCCAUCUAUAAUUUACCCAUAAUAAUUUUUUUUGUGUUGGUUAUUAGUUUUUCACAUGACAACCCACUAUAGCUUUAUCAUUGACAAAAAAGAAUAUUGUAUUGCUCAAGCAUUCGGCUUGGAAACAAGAAAUUGUCAAAAUGUCCCGUACGACACGUAUGGAAUCGCCCAUGUCAUGUUUUUUUUAUAUAUUUUUUUUAAAAGUAAAUAUGGAGCCCUGGAGAAAUGAGGGCUCAUUUAAGAAGGCUUUACUAUGCCUAUAGGUGUUAACCCGCCAACUGAACAAAUAGUAAAUAAUUUUAUUAGACAUUAAGACAAAUUUCAGUGUAA